AGUUGCCGUCCGUUUAACGAAAACGGGUCUUACCACCGAAUACGAAUACCAAUGAAUGGCAAGUUGAAAUCGAAUAGACUAGAAUUACAGUGUUUUUAGCGAAUAAUUACAUUUUGUCUUCCAGCGUAAUAAAGCGAGCCGCCACUGUCGUUUAUUAAAAUAAUAAUAAUUAGUUUGGCCAGAUACUGUUUCACUUGCUAGUCUGAUAAACUUUGUGGCCAUGAUCAUGCUAGGCAACAUGAGCUUGUUAGACGGAAUGAUAGAGAAAGUUACAGUAGUUGGCCGAACAAGCUAACGUUAGUUACAUUCAGGUAUCACGAAUACAAAACGUGUAUUUAGCAAUCCUCAGGGUUUCGCUGGCUUUCAAUGUGCGUUUUGCUACCCAACUGUUCGCAGGCUUUUAAAGUUUGCUAGUCUAACUACGUUGUAACUGCAAUUUGGAAACUGGUAAUGAAAUGGAGAAAAGAUGCCGAAAUGCCACUGAAUGCCAAGAAAACAGUAUGUCAGUCUGUGACAGCGAUGUUUUGAAGCAUAGAAUCGUGCCUCCCCCAGAACGGGGUGAGGGGAGACUUCGCUGCCCUGUAACCAGGAACAUGAGACACCUCCUGGACGAAUUCAAGGGCUUGUACGAAGAGAGACUGAGGCGCCUGGAAUUCGAAACAGGAGGCGGGAGUCAUGAAGAGAUUUUACGGAUGAAAGUACGCAUUCUGAAUUCCUAUGUGAAUGACCUGUGUGACCAAAACCAAGUUUUGAUCCAAACGGUGGAAGAUCUUGAGAAGGAAGCCAAUGGAAAGGUUGCCUUCUUGGAGGCGAAGAUUCACAGUUCUGACCAGAUUAUUGAUGAUCUGGGCUAUCAGAAGAGGAGCCUGGAGGAGAACAGGGAGGGCCUCCACAGCGAGAUGGUGGACAUGAAGCUGGACAUCAGCACCCUCUCCAGACUGAUCCGGCAGGCCCAGCACACGCACAAGCUGGACGUUUCUGGUGUUACCCUCAGGACAGUUCCUCUGGAGGAAAUCGCAGAGCCGUCGGUUUACAGUAAACUCCCAAAGCCUGAAGACAUUAUGAAGGCGCAUGUCGAUGAUCUUAAGUCCCGGUUGAAGGCCAAGGACAGGAUUAUUCAGAAUCUCAAAGAGGAAAUUAAGAAGAGUUCACUUGAAAGAAUACAGAGCGAGAAUGAGCCCACUGAAGGAAGGGACACCAUCCUGUUCCUGCAGAGGAAAGUAGAGUCCCUCCAGAAGCUCGAGCUGGAGAAAGUGACUCAGCUCACGGAGAGAGACAUCGCCAUCGCCAAGCUGCACACUGAGCUCCAGGUCGCCGAGCAGGACGGGAUAGACACGCAGAAGGAGGUGUCCGACCAGAGGGAAAAGGUUAAUGAGUUACAGGAAGCGCUUCGACGGCUUAAGGAUCAAAUGGCAGCCAAGGACGUUCAGAGAGGAGCAUUGCUCCAGCGCAGCGAAGACAUGGAGGAGAAAGCAGGAGCCCUGACUGCCGAGCUCCAGAAGAGCAGAGAGCGUUUGCAGAGGCAGCAGACGGAAUUGGCGUCCGUGAAACGGAAGGAAGACGGACUCCUCGCGGAGUGGCAGGAGCAGGAGCAGAGGAUGGCCAAAGUGGAAAUGGCGCUGCAGCACAAGGAGGAGGAGGCGACGCGGCUGGCCUCUCUGGCGGAGCAGCUGCAGGCCCAGCUGCUGGAGCAGCGUAGCUUGCACGCACAGGCCGCAUGUCAGAGUGAAGCCAAAAUGGCGGCGGUGAAGAACGAGCUAUGCGAAGAGUAUGGAAAUAAACUGCGGGAGCGCGAGCUGAGAGCCAGACAGAUAAAUGAGGAGCUGGAGAACUUGAAAGAGAAGCACGUCUCUGCCAAAGAGGAGCUUUCAAAGUUGAAGAAAAUAGUUGACGAACAAGCGAUGGAGCUGAAGAACCUCCAUCUCCGGCACAGGGUGACUGUGGAGGACAACGGGAGGCUGCAGGCCAGACUGGAGGCCCAGACUGUGUGCGCUCAGAGUGAGCAAGAUGUUCUCACCAGCGAGAUCAGCAGCACAGAGGGUGUGAUCCAUACAAUGAGACUGCAGCAGCUGGAGAAGGAGAAGGAAAUUUCCCAGGCAGCUCAACAGAUCUACACACUGGAGAAUGUACUGCAACAGGAAAAAGAGAAAUCUCUGGCAGCGGAAAGUGAGGUUCAAAGACUGUGCCAAGUAAUACAUUCUUUAGAAAAAGAUCUCCAACAAGUGCAGCUCGCAGAAAAGGAUGCUGUGUCAAAGAUAAAUGAACGGGAGGAAAGAAUAAGACACAUGCAGCUUGAGUUGACCUCCCUGAGAGCCACACAGGAGUCUUUGAAGAGGACGGUGACAGUGAAGGAGCACUUUAACGGCGAACUCUCCGAGGAGUGCGGGGACUUGAGGCAGACCCUGGGGUGCCUGCAAAACAAGCUGCAGUACAGCGAGGAAAAAGUUAAUAGCUUGGAUUUAGAAGUUGGACUCCUGAAGUCCAAAUUACAGGAAAAGACAGAGCAAUCUCAACAGCUGCAAGAUCAAAUUCUACAACAGCAGGAGGCUCUAAGUAGGGCAAAUGAAACUCUAAAAGACACCAGGAAAGCAGCUGGCAAUAAGAUACACAAGAAGGAAAACAAACUAGGUGUGGUGCAGAAGGAUUUGAUAGAGGCCCAAACUAAGUACUCGGAAUGUAAGAAUGAGUUGCUCCGUAGGGAAAAUCUCCUGCAGAAGCUGAAGGAAGAGACCGUGCAACUGACAGCCCAAAUAAAGGAGCAAUCCCAGGACAUUAACAAGCUGAACAGUGAGAAGAAAAAACUCGAGCUGGAGUUGACGGUUGUCAUGGAGAAACACAGAACAGCGCAACAAGAGGUGAACAAUCGGGAUCAAGCAGUUUUGCAACUGAAGGCUGACCUGAAAGCGCGAGAGGAGCAGUGCCGUGGAGCGCAGGAGGAGCUGGGUCUUCAGGAGUCCGAGGUCAGCAGACUUAAUGAGAGAGUGAAGAGCUUGCAGGGCGAGCUGCGGGAGAGGUGGGAGAGGAGCAGGGAGGGGGAGGAGCGCGCUGACCGGGCCGAGGAGGAGAACCGGAACCUGCAGCUCCAGCUCCACGCCGCGCAGCAGCAGUUGCAGCAGCAGCUGAGAAUUGUCGAGCAGCUGAGCUCAGACAUGGACAACACCAAGCAGGCUCACACCACCGACAUGGGGCGCUGGAACCAGAAGGAUCUGCUGCUGCAGAACCAGCUCGACCGCGCUUGCAUGGACCUGCAGGACAGUCAGAGCAGAACACAGGAGCUGAAGCUGAAGACCAGGGAGCUGGAGGACAGGCUUAGCCAGAGCGAGGCCUUAUACCAGGAGGCUCUUGGGAAGAUUCAGGAUGGUGCAGAGCUGGUGAAAAAACAAACCACGGAAACGUUGCUUUUAAACCAGCGCAUGGAGGAUGUCCAAACGGAACUGAGGGAGGCCAGCAACGCAGCCAAGAACCACGAAAUGACAGCUGACAUCUUCAGACAGAAAUAUCAGACAGCUAUGGAGAAAGCACAGCAGCUGGAAGGGCGUAUUCAGAGUUUGGAGGAAGAGGUCCGUUACUCUGACAAACAGGUUCUCGAGGCGCAGGAAAUGGUCCGCGGCUUGCGAGCUGAGAUAUCAAACCUGGAGGGUCUCUACGAGGAGAAGUGUAAACAGAUUGAAAAUUCAGAGGAGGCUAUUGACCAGCUAACGGAAGAACUCCAGACAACUCAGAACAGGCUUACCAGCAGCUGUAACCGCACCCUUGAAUGUGAGAAACUGAUCGAAAAAUUAAAAGAGCAGGUGGACAUUCAGCACAAAGAGAUACUGGAUCAUGAAAACACAUUCCUUCAGCUUCAGUCUGAACUUACAUCCUACCAGUUCAGCCACAGUUACUCGAACAAAGAGUAUGAAGUUCAGCAAAGACACUGUGAUACUUUACAAAAGGAGCUGGCGUCGGCGCGGGAGCGGCUGGGCGAGCGGCAGGCCCAGGCGGCGGAGCGCGAGGCCACCGCGCAGCAGCUGAAGGCGGCGGCGCUGGGCCUGGGGGAGGAGCUGGAGAAGCGCGCGCGGGAGAGCCAGGCCCUGGAGCGGGCCCUGCAGUCGCUGCACCUGGACGCCGCCUCCGCCCAGCAGGCCCACAAGGCCGCGCUCGCGCAGCUGGAGCAGGAAGUGGCCCAGCUGGAGGCCGACCUCAGCGACGCCAGGAAGACCAGCGCCCAGAGGGAGCAGGCGAUCCGAAGAAGGGAUGACCUUCUGAAGAAGUCCGAGGCCGACCUUCUUCAGGCGCAGGAGGCCGUCAAAGACGCGGCGCUGCAGCUGGAGCGCCUGGAGCGCGCGGCGGAGGACCUGAGAGGGGACGUGCGGACCGCCGAGCGGGACAAAAGCCAAAAGCAGCAGGAGAACCUGGCUUUGAGGGCCGAAGUGGAGCGGCUGAGCGAGGAGCUGCUGGACGCGCGCAAGCUGCACAGAGAGACGGAGCAGGAGCGGGCGGAGCGGGAGGAGCGGGCCCUGCUGCUGGAGUCCAGCCUGAGCGCGGCGAGGGAGGAGCUGAGGGAGCGGGCCGGCGAGGAGGCCCGGCGGGAGCAGAGCGUCCGCGCCGCCCAGGCCCAGCUGAGGAGCGCCGCCGAGCGCGCCCGCGUCGCCGAGGAGGAGGCCGCCCGGCUCACGCUGAUGGCGGAGGGGCUGCAGGCGGACGCGGGCGCGGCCAGGGACUCGGCCAAGCGGGCCCAGCAGGAGGCGGCGAGCCAGCAGCGGGAGCGGCAGAGGGCGGAGUCUGAGCGCGACGGCGCCAGGAAGGAGGCGCUCAACCUGGCGCAGCAGCUCCAGCAGCAGGAGGAAGCCUUGCGGUGUCUGAGGGAGGAACUGGGGCAGGAACACGCGCGCUACCAGGACCAGCAACUGCAGCUUAACAAGCUGAAAACGUACAUGGAAAACAUGGAGACCGAGCUGGAGAAUCUGAGAAUCAAACAAACCGGUGACGCCAACAUGAUGAGGUGUUACGAAGGCUCGCUGACGAAGCAGAAAGGCGAGCUGCGAGAGGCCGGAGACUCGCUGGCCGCCUGCAGGGAGGACCUCCAGAGAGCCCGGGAGACCAUAGCGGGCCUGCAGCAGGAGCGGGCCGCGCUCAGGGACGAAGCGGAAGCCAAGGCAGAAGGUCUGAAAACCGAACAGGGCCUUUUGAGAGAAAAGCUGCAGGCGGCAACUGCAGAGCUGGAGACGCAGCGGCUGGCCGCGGAGCAGGCCCUCGAGGACAACGCCCGCCUCCGCCAGGAAAGCGAGUUAGCGUUCGCCAGCGUCAACCGCUGGAUCAAAGAGCAGAAGAUUGCCAAUGAAUGUCUGGCUGGGAAAAUCAAAGAGCAGAAUAAGCUUCUGACCCUUGUCAGUGCAGAGAAAGAUCAUUUGCAAGAAACCAAAGAUGCAAUGGAGAUAGAACUCAGAACACUGAGAGCAGUGAUUGAUGAAAACAAAAUGGAGAUUGGGAAUUUAAAGGCAAUCCACAGUCACUCUGCUAAUCAGCAGGCACUUCUUAAUCAGCUCAGAGGUCGUCUGGAGGUAGAGGAGAUUGAGAGGGAGAACCUGGUGACACGGAGUCUGUGCCAAAUCGAAGCCAUGCAAACCCGUCUGAAGGCCAAUAUGGAGUCUAUCGCUCUCCUCAAUGAGCAGCUGAGCAUUCUGAGCACGGAGAACGGCAAGCAGAGGGAGCUCCUGGAGAGGGAGCGCGCGCGGCGGGAACAGCUGGAGCUGCUGCUAACGAGCGGCGGGCGGAGCGCCCGCUCGCCCCGGCCAGCGCCCGAGUCCGGCCGCGAGGAGGGGCUCCGUCUGAGCGCGCCCGGGCCCUCCGACCCAGCGGCCGCCCCCCCGCGCCGCCGCCCCGCGCCUCCGCGAGAGCCCUCGUCGAGCGGCCCCGAAACGGCGGAGACGGGGGCCUUGACGAGAGGGGACCUUGAGGAGGCGCGGAUGAGAGACGCGCUGGACAAGUCCUACUGGAUCCAGCGAGUGGGAGAGCUCUCCGCUCAGCUCCAAGAGAGCACCGAGUACUGGUCGGAGAAAAUGAGCGACCUCGCCGCCGAGAUAGAGCAUGCCCAGUUGGCCUCCCCGAAGAAGUGAACAUGAAGAGUUCCCCCCGCCCCCCCACCCCUGUAGAAUAAAAGGGGAUCGCAUUCAGCCUGGAAACUUGAAAACGUGGAAUGUACUGUAUGUGUACAGGAAAAUUAGUGCCUUAGGUUGCCUUCUGAAGCACCUGCACUUAAUUAUCCAUAUUGCACUAGGAAAUAUUACAAUGCAUAUAGAUACAAACGUCUGUGUGCAAGCGAAGGACAUUCAUUAAUAUUUAUUAUUGAAAGACUUGUUGUUUUUUUUUUUUCCUGAAUUUGAAAUCGAUCAGGUUACCGUUUGUUUCGUUAAGGUUAGCGUUGCGUCUCGUUCUGAUUUUGUUCGUGUUUGAUCAUUCGUAAAGUGUUUUUUUAUUGGUCAGCGAGAUGGCGUUUCACCCGGCGCGCACGCGUUAAAGAGCCGGAGGCCGUACAGCGCAGCAGAACUGAGCGCUCGUCCCCGUCCUCCGACCGCUCCCUCAUAAAUAAGCGAUGGGGGAUGAAUCACCUUCUUUGUUAGUUCUGCAUGCUGAUGAUACAUUAUUUCUCCUUCGUUCGUAUUGUGUUCAUCAUGUCUCCGUGGCUGCAGUGCCGUUUCUGUUUUGUUUUUUCCUCAGAAUGAUUAGAACCAAUGCCUUUGACUGAAACUAUAGAUGGCCUGGAAUAUGAGAAUUCUUUUUUUUCCAAAUGCCUCUGAAAAUGCUUAAUCAUUUUUAAUUCCGGUUUACAGAACGGCAGUUUUGCGGCCUUGUUUGCCCUAGAUUAUAUAGAAGCCUUUAAUAUGAUUCUGUGCACUCAGUUGUAUUCUGCCAUUGUAGUCUGUCCUUGCCAUGUUCUUUUUCUUUCCUUUGUUCCUUUCAGUUGCCCCUUCAACUAUAGAUUAAUAAAUGAAUCAACAACCAGGAACAAUGCGAGGUUUUUGUAAGCAAGAAAGAUUUGCUGCAAACAUUAAUGUUCCAAGUUAACUAGCAUCUGACGGCAUAACACAUCACUAACUGGAUGACAGCUCAUUCAGGAAAUACAUCCAGUCUCUCUCUCUCUCUCUCUCUCUCUCUCUCU